GGGUUUCUUCUUCUCAUGGCUUCUGAUACUCCUCGAGCACGCAUUGAUCAAUUCUUUGCUUCGAAAAAGAAGAGGAAGUCCUUAUCACCGAGUUUGAAACCUACAAGAGCCAAGAAAGAUGUUAAGACUACACAGGAAGGGUCUCCUUCCACGAAAGGUUCGUUGAAUGGGUAUUUAGUGACUUCUCAGGAUGAUAGUAAAUCUUCACACAUAGCUAGAGGCACACCGGUUAAGAGAAACCUGACGUUAGAGAUCGGUCCAUAUGUAAAAGAUGAAAAUAAAGAGAGUACUUUUCUGGUCGAAGCACAAUCUACAACUACUGAAGCAAAAACUUCGAAGGAGAAGUCUGAUAUUCCCUCCGACUCACAUGUUGUUGAAAAUAGAGGUCAUGGAAAAGAUGUCUUGGUUACUACACAGGUUAAUGGAAACUCAGAACUUAAGCAGUUUGCUACGAACUUUUUGUCAUUAUAUUGCAGUGAACUGCCAUCUAGUUUAAGUUUACCUUCAGCACAGUGUGAGGGUGGUAGUAAAAGGAGUGGUGGCCCUCCCUUACUUGAGGUGGAUAGUAAGAAUGCAAAGAGAAUCCGCUGCAUCUCGAGUGAAAAUGAUUCUAACAUCAACAGAAGAUCUAAUUCUGAGUGCGCAGCUUUAAAUUCUAUUGAGAUAACAGAGGGGAAUACAUCAGGUGAAGCUCGGAUAAGCUUGAGAAAAUGUAACAAUGUACCUGUCAUUGGGUCAACUGAAUCUGAGACACCUGGUUCAACAUCUACAAAGCUUCGUAUUGGAGUUACUCCCAAUUCAACUCGUGGUAGCUCCAUUUUUUCACCCGGAGAAGCAUUUUGGAAUGAAGCAAUUCAAGUUGCUGAUGGUUUGUUUGAGGGAAGUGAUAAAUUUUCUUCUCAAGCAGCACUUGAGUCCGACGCUUUGAAAAAUCACAAUGAGGUAAUCAAUUCCAAUAGUCUUGGAAACGGAGAGUGUGGCAAUAAGUCUCACCAAGUACUUAAUGAAGGUAUAGAGACAGUUUCUGAUGCCGGCAUUGUUUCUGCUGUUGGUUCAUUGAGGAAGUUGGGAAAGGAUCUGGAUGGAGAGAAAUCCCCAAUGCCUGUUAAGCAUUUUGAUUUUGCCUCUGACGAAAAAAAUUUCGAUUUUGUACAAUCUCACAGAAGUAACUUGGAUAUCCUGACUAUUAGUGGCAAAAGAACCGGGUCCCAAGAUCAUCUAAGUUUGAGUGGAUAUCCUGUUCUUAGCCCUCACAAGGCAGCUCAAGCAAAAGGGAAUAUCCUUGAAGUUCAAAACAAGACUCCAGAAUGUCCUGUUUCUAAGGGUAAGGAUGUGCUUAUCCAGGGUACUGAUAUAAUGGCAUCAACAACACCUCCGGAGAAACUUAAUAGUUAUACAGCUAAUUCCUUAUCAAGUAAAGACAACACUCCUUCAAGUAUUGCACCACUAAAGAAUCAUUCAGAUCUCAACCAUUGGCUACCUUCUGAAGUAUGCAACAUUUACAGGAAAAAGGGGAUUUCAAAAUUGUACUCAUGGCAGGUUGAUUGUCUUCAAGUGGAUGGAGUCUUGCACAACCGGAAUCUUGUAUAUUGUGCUUCUACCAGUGCUGGUAAAAGUUUUGUUGCUGAGAUAUUAAUGUUACGGAGAAUCUUAUCAUCUGGAAAAAUGGGUCUUCUUGUACUUCCAUAUGUAUCCAUUUGUGCAGAGAAGGCAGAACAUCUUGAGGUCCUUCUGGAACCAGUUGGAAAGCAGGUUCGCAGUUAUUACGGUAAUCAGGGAGGUGGUAGUCUCCCAAAGGAUACCGCUAUAGCUGUUUGCACUAUUGAGAAAGCAAAUUCCUUAAUUAACCGACUGCUAGAAGAGGGCCGUUUGUCAGAGCUUGGUAUCAUAGUGAUUGAUGAACUCCACAUGGUUGGAGACCAGAAUAGGGGUUAUCUAUUGGAGUUGAUGUUGACCAAGCUUCGCUAUGCAUCUGGUGAAGGAAAUACAGAGUCAUCCAGUGGAGAAACUUCAGGCACGAGCAGUGGAAAAGUUGACCCUGCUGGCAGUCUCCAAAUUGUUGGCAUGAGUGCAACUCUCCCCAAUGUGACAGCAGUCGCAGAUUGGCUUCAAGCAGCUUUGUAUCAGACGGAGUUUCGGCCUGUUCCAUUGGAAGAAUAUGUAAAAGUAGGUAACACAAUUUAUAACCAAAAAAUGGACAUUGUCAGAACAAUCUCGAAAGCAGCUGAUCUUGGUGGUAAAGAUCCAGAUCACAUUGUGGAGCUCUGCAAUGAGGUUGUCCAAGAAGGCAACUCAGUGCUAAUUUUCUGCUCAAGUCGCAAAGGAUGUGAAUCUACUGCUAGGCAUGUGGCGAAACAUCUUAAAAGAUUUUCCUUGAAUCAACUGAGCGGCCAAAAUGAGUCAAUUGAUAUUACUUCUGCAAUUGAUGCUUUACGAAGAUCUCCAGCUGGGUUGGAUCCUAUUCUGGAAGAGACUCUUCCUGCCGGUGUUGCCUAUCACCAUGCUGGACUCACGGUUGAGGAAAGAGAAACAGUUGAAACCUGUUACCGCAAAGGACUUGUACGUGUCUUAACAGCUACAUCAACCUUAGCUGCAGGGGUUAACCUUCCUGCUCGGAGAGUUAUUUUUCGACAACCACGUAUUGGUCGUGACUUUAUUGAUGGUACAAGGUACCGACAGAUGGCUGGUCGGGCUGGUCGGACGGGUAUAGAUACAAAAGGAGAGAGUGUGUUGAUCUGCAAACCAGAAGAGGUCAAACGAAUAACGGCACUUGUUAACGAGAGCUGUCCACCGUUGCAUUCUUGUUUAUCCGAAGAUAAGAAUGGGAUGAUCCACGCAAUAUUGGAAGUUGUUGCUGGUGGUAUUGUUCAAACAGCUAGUGAUAUUAACCGGUACGUUAGGUGUACCCUUCUCAAUUCAACAAAACCAUUUGAUGAUGUGGUUAAAUCAGCACAAGAUUCUCUUCGCUGGUUAUGCCAUAAAAAAUUUCUUGGAUGGAGUGAAGAUACCAAAUUAUACACAGUCACACCUCUUGGUCGUGCAGCUUUUGGAAGUUCUCUCUCUCCUGAAGAAUCACUGGUUGUCUUGGAUGAUUUGAUUAGAGCGAGGGAAGGGUUUGUGCUUGCAUCUGAUCUGCAUGUUGUUUACUUAGUGACACCCAUUAAUGUUGAUCUUGAGCCAGAUUGGGAACUGUAUUACCAGAGGUUCAUGGAGUUGUCUACCCUGGAUCAGUCAGUUGGCAAUCGGGCUGGAGUUCAAGAACCCUUUUUGAUGCGAAUGGCUCACGGUGCACCAGUUCGUGCAUCUUAUAGGUCAAAGGCUGGUACUAAAGGGCUGCAGGGAAAGUUGGAUAACAGAUCUCUGAAUGACCAUAUGCUGUCAGAUGAGAAUAUGCUUCGCAUCUGUCGGAGAUUCUUUGUGGCUCUUAUACUGUCAAGGCUCGUGCAGGAAGUGCCAGUUAUCGAGGUUUGUGGUGCAUUUAAAGUUGCAAGGGGCAUGGUUCAGGCCUUACAAGAAAAUGCUGGAAGGUUUGCUUCCAUGGUUUCUGUUUUUUGUGAGAGGCUUGGUUGGCAUGACCUUGAAGGCUUAGUAUCAAAGUUCCAAAAUCGUGUCUCAUUUGGUGUGCGGGCAGAGAUUGUAGAGCUCACCACCAUUCCAUAUGUUAAGGGUUCCCGAGCUCGAGCACUAUAUAAAGCGGGUCUUCGGACACCUGAAGCAAUUGCUGAAGCAUCAGUUCCUGAGAUGAUCAAAGUACUUUUUGAGUCUUCAUCAUGGGCUGACCAAGGUUCUGCACAACGGAGGAUCCAAUUAGGAGUUGCGAAAAAGAUAAAAAAUGGUGCACGCAAGAUUGUUCUCGAUAAAGCUGAGGAAGCAAGGCUUGCUGCAUUCUCAGCUUUCAAGUCGCUUGGACUUGAUGUGUCAACGCUUGCACAGCCUGUCAUAUCUACUGCUGCUGGACAUGGUGCUCACAAAGAAGCUAGUACCUCCUCUGCAGAAGGGUCGACUAGUAGCUUUAUUAGCCUGGAGAAUGCAAAUCGAAUCUCUUCCACAUCCAUAGAAAGAAGUAAGGAGGUCAAUAUCACUAUUCCUGAUGCUGGAGCAGAAAAUGCAAAAAGCAAAACAAUUGCUGACAAAGAGGCAUUUCAUAUAGAAGGAUCUAAUGGUCUUAAUGCUGAAGUUAAUGAAUCUACUCCUCAUAUUGAUAAUGCAAAGACUUCCCCUUAUCCUACUUUAAAAAUUAAGGGCAUCGAAGGAGGUGGUACAUGUACUGAUCAUAAUCAUGCUGGGAAACAACACUGUGAAGGAGCUGAGAUAUGUAAUGUAAGAGUCAAAGAAACAUCAGAGAAGGGGCCUAUGAAUGCGACUGCUGUUGUUGGUGGAUUUGAUACUUUCCUGGGUCUCUGGGAAGCUGCUGAGGAGUUUUACUUUGAUGUCCAUUUCAGCAAAAAGUCUGCACUGAACAGCAUUGCCCCAUUUGAAAUAUAUGGCAUAGCCAUUUGUUGGGAAGAUUCUCCUGUCUAUUAUGUAAAUCUUCCGAGGGACUUAUUUUGGUCCAACAGCAAAAGGAAUAGCCAAUCGUCGCCCAUUACCAGUGGUGAUAUUGGGAAUGUUCUACCGCCAAAUCUUCAGUGGGAGAUAGCGAUACACCGAUGGAAUAGAAUUAGUACCAUAAUGAGAAAAAAAGAUAUAAAAAAGUUUACAUGGAACUUAAAAGUUCAGAUUCAGGUACUCAAGCAUCCUACUGUUUCAAUUCAGAGAGUUGGUGGUUUGAGUCUUUUGGUCAAAUCUCUCGGAGUGGAUCUUAUUGACAACAAUUGCUAUCUGUUGUCUCCUGUUCCCAUUCAAGAUGCAAUUGACUUGUGUAUAGUAGCUUGGGUCCUCUGGCCUGAUGAGGAGAAAGGUUCUAACCCUAGUAUAGAAAAGGAAGUGAAGAAAAGGUUAUCCAUCGAGGCUGCUGCUGCCGCUAAUCGAAAUGGUAGAUGGAAGAAUCAGAUGCGACAAGUUGCUCAUAAUGGUUGUUGUCGUCGAGUAGCACAAACACGAGCUUUGCGUUCUGUUCUAUGGAAAUUAGUCAUUUCUGAAGGACUUGUUGAGGCACUUGGAGCAACUGAAAUGCCAUUGGUCAAUGUUCUUGCAGACAUGGAGCUCUGCGGAAUAGGUGUUGACAUGGAAGGAUGCCUACAGGCACGGCAAAUUCUGGGAAGAAAGCUGAAGAUUCUGGAAAAGGAAGCUUACAAGUUGGCUGGCAUGACUUUUUCAUUGUACACAGCAGCAGAAAUUGCGAAUGUACUCUAUGGGCAUCUACAGCUUCCUGUUCCAGAAGGACGUAAAAAAGGAAAGAAGCACCCUAGUACUGAUAAGCAUUGCUUGGAUUUGCUAAGGAAUGAACAUCCAAUAGUACCUAUAAUUAAAGAGCACCGUACUCUAGCAAAACUCUUGAAUUGUACAUUGGGGUCGAUCUGUUCACUUGCUAGACUAUCUAUGAGGACACAGAGAUACACACUGCAUGGUCAUUGGCUCCAGACGACAACAGCAACAGGGCGACUGUCAAUGGAGGAACCUAAUCUUCAGUGUGUUGAACAUAUGGUUGACUUCAAAAUGCAUAACAAGGAUAAAGACGUUUGUCCGUUAGAUGUCAAUAAUUAUAAGAUCAAUGCUCGUGAUUUUUUUGUGUCUACUCAGGACAAUUGGUUACUAUUAACAGCAGAUUAUUCCCAGAUAGAACUGAGAUUGAUGGCCCAUUUCUCUAAAGAUUCCUCGUUGAUCGAACUGCUUAGUGAACCCCAAGGUGAUGUCUUCAACAUGAUUGCUGCAAAAUGGACAGGUAAAACAGAGGCUAUUGUGAGUCAAGAGGAGCGAGAUCAAACUAAAAGGUUGGUUUACGGCAUUCUUUAUGGAAUGGGGGCUAAGAGCCUUGCAGAACAAAUCGAUUGUAGCGCAGAUGAAGCUGCUGAAAGAAUCGAAAGCUUUAAAAGAUCUUUUCCAGGUGUUGCUUCCUGGCUACAGGAAGCAGUUACAUCUUGCCGUGAGAAAGGUUAUAUAGAGACCCUCAAGGGACGAAAGCGUUUCUUGGCAAAAAUUAACUUCGGAAACAGUAAGGAAAAGUCUAAAGCUCAGAGGCAAGCUGUGAAUUCUAUCUGCCAGGGGUCAGCUGCAGACAUUAUCAAGAUUGCAAUGAUAAACAUUCACUCUGUGCUUGAUCAUUUUGAGAAAUCUCUGUCCCAUUCUGCGGUUGAUGAAAAGUUUCAUGUGCUUAAAGGACGUUGUCGGAUUAUUUUACAGGUUCAUGAUGAAUUAGUACUUGAGGCUGAUCCUUCUGUUGCAAAGGAAGCUGGAUUGUUGUUGCAGAUGAGCAUGGAAAAUGCUGUUUCUCUUCUUGUCCCACUGCAUGUGAAACUGAAGAUUGGGAGCACAUGGGGAUCGUUGGAACCUUUCCAGGCCAGUGAAUGAUAGGUUUUUAAGUGUGGACAUUUGUUGGCAAAGUUUAAAACUAUUAGUUGCUUGAUGCUGUUUGAACAGUAUCAACAGCUGUUAUUUUCAGUUUCCUCUCAAGCAAGACCUUUAUCUAACAGACCAAGCAAAUGAUGUUCACAUGGGAUGCAACUGUAUAACUUCAUGUGAAUUAGCUGGUCAUCAAAGUUACUUGAAGGAAGUGGGAAGGACAGAGGAAGAGACUCUUUAACUUUAUUGAACAAAUCUGCACUUGUUGGUGCUCUGAUAAAUUUGUAGAACUAUGACAUUCAAGUAAGUAAUAUUGUGAUGAGGGUGCUCAGAACCAAGGCCGCUUUCAAUAUUUUUGAGAGCAUGAGAUGUGAAGACUCUGCUGAUGAGAUUUUCCUGAUUGUCUCCAGAGCAUGAUGCUUCAUCGUGUUGUAAGCUGACAAGCAUCUUACAGGGCGAAUGUGCUUAAUUAAUGAUGAUUAUAUAAGGGUUCUACCUCAUUCUCCUGGAUCUCAGAGAAAGCGGAUGCUUAAUAUUGAAGUGUCAAUUAAUGGCAGGGUAAUACCUAUCAAGAGAACCAAGGAGUUGGUCCAAGUGGUGGAAGCCUUCUAGGUGCUUAAUCCUUUAUGCUCAAAUUUCAAAUCCUACUGGAGCCAUAUUCAUUAUUCAAGCUUGUGUUGGCCCUGGGCUACGAACCUUGUGAGGUGAUUAAUGCUCUGUAGUUGUGCCAUGAAUGAUUUCAAUGGGGUUAUUGGUCCCCUAAAACCCAAAAGACAAGGGAAAAAGAAAUUUACAGGGAAGCAAUAAGCAUAGGAUAAUUACUUUUCCAUUGGCUAAGCCCUCAAAAUUUAGUUAAUGUGAAUCUCCAGGAACAUUUCGGGUUUCUAUGAAUUGUCGUGCGAGGAUAUUGAAUGUCUUCUGGUGCAUUUUCUGCUAUAUGUUCCCUGACAUCUAAUGCAUGUGGAAUUGGUUAAUGGUGUUUGAGAAUGUUACUUGCUGUUUUUUUGUCUCUCUUAUGGAGGAACAACCUGGGACCUGGAAGAUCCACAUCCAAUCACAUCGUACAGUGAGAAGAGAUAGAUCAAUCUCAAGGGGUUGGGGUUUGAAGGCAUGCCACAGUUGCAGGAGCUUUCCUGGCAGUCAAAUUUGAAAAUAUAGAGCUCACCCAGAAUGGUUGUUAUCAUUGCUCAGAAGACCUCAUUGGAAGUUACUGUUACUGUGCUACGCGAGAACUAGAGAAAAGUUGUCAUUUGGUUAAUGAUCGAUCCUGCAGAGGAGACAUGAAAAUUGUAUUGGAAAGGGGCAUGGAUAAAAAUUCUGGCACUUUGAAUCUGCUUGUGGUGUUUGUAUUGGAAAGGUGCAUGGAUAAAAAUUCUGGCAUUUUGAAUCUGCUUGGUGC